CACCGAAAUUGGUGGCUAACACCGACCCGGUCAGUUUUGGUUUGUAACUCACACGAACAACACCACCACCAAUGCUGAUGAACCAUGCGAUGCCUCUGCUCGGCCAAGCUCCGAUUAGAGGAGGAGUAGCUCUAUCAGCCUCUGCAAGUGUGCAAUUCAGCAACCCAAAUCCAACAUUGUUCUCCAAUCGCCGUUCCAAGUUCUUUCCCAUAACCAAAAGAUGCCUCAAUUCCCUCACCGUUGUUGCAAACGCCGACGCCGGUGGCGGCGCUCCUCCUGCCACCACCGACAAAUCUAACCCUCCUUUCAACUCUGACAAGUCGGUUUCAUUCGUCGGCCAAGAAAGUGUUCCCUUGGAAGGUGUUAUUCAGUUCGACAAACCCAAUUCGUCUUCUCUUAUCAACAAGUGGGGUCGUGUGGCUCUGCUUGCUGGUGGGGAUGUGUUAGCUUUGCUUCUGUUCUCUGCAAUCGGAAGGUUCAGCCAUGGUUUUUCUGUUUUUGACACUGAAACCCUAAGAACGGCUGACCCUUUUGUAGCUGGAUGGUUUUUGGGUGCUUAUUUCCUUGGGGGGUUUGGGGAGGACGGCCGAGGAAUGAAUGGUUUCUCUAAGGCUGUUAUUGCUGCUGCCAAAUCUUGGUCCGUGGGUAUUCCAGUGGGAAUGACGAUAAGGGCAGCAACAAUAGGCCAUAUUCCGCCACCUAACUUUAUCCUAGUAACCAUGGGAAGCACUGCUUUUCUACUUAUUGGAUGGAGAGCACUAUUGUCCAGCAUUCUCCCUAGUGACAAAAGCAAGAAGGAUGAUGACUACAGGCGUGGCAGUCCAUUUGAGCUGUUUGAGUUGCUCACAUCUUUAAUCCGAAGGUGGUGAAAUAGUGAUCAUCUGUUUGGCUUGGACCAUUAGCUCUCCGAAAUGAAGUUUUGCAGUUUCUGUAUCCAAACACUCCUUGUACUUGCAGGCAACAAUUGUAACCAGUGAAAAUAAAAAAUUCUUAGAUGUCGUUUUUGUUUUUUUAUUUUGUAUUUAUUAUUUAUUUAUUUUUAUUUUAUGGUUUACAGUAUUUUGUCUAAGUUUCAAUAUAAUGGAAGUUGCUGGACUCUCUUACUGCUUGGAAAGAA